AUGAGUGAUUUUUCAGACAAAGGGGACAGAGCAGAGACUCCAGAAUCCGGUUUCAUGUCUAUGAGGACUGACAGGUCUGAAGAGGAUCCUCAUGAACCUGGACUCUCAGAGACAGGGUAAGAAACACUUCCUCUCAGCUCUCCUCUGAAGUUUGGGUGUUUGUCCGCUCAGAGCAGCUCUGAUGGACCAUGUCCUCCAGUUUUAUAGAAUAACAUCACUGUAUUAGUUUACUGAGGUCAUGGAUCAGCCAGGUUAUGAUCAGGGCGCCCUCUACUGGAUCAUACUGGAAGCUCCCGAGGAGCUGGAGGACUGUUGUUAUUAGUCUUAUUAGUUACUUACUCUAUAUUAGUCUGAUUAGGUGUUAUCAGUCUGAAUAUGAACUUUUGUCUCGAGUUUGAACAAAAGUUCAUAUUCAGAUAAAAGGUGACUGAAUGAUUACACUGUCAUUUAUGUUCUUAUUCAGUCAAUAUUUUGGCACUAAGAUAGAAGUGACCCUAAAAAUGUCCUCCCAUUUUCUUUAACUGCUGUCACUCAUGGUCAUAUUUAUUGAAAACUCCUGUAACUGAAUAUGAACUAAAGCUCUUUGUGUGGAAGAGUUUCUGUAAACGGAUCCUAACAGGAUAUUUUCAUAACUCUGAUAUUUUGAUUUUAUCCAGCAGACGGAGGGCAGGGUCUCCUGCUCCCAGCUACACGUCUAUGAAGACUGAAGAAGGAUCAAUGAUCAGUGAUGUACCUGACACAAAGUAAGAAAUACUUCAAAAAUAUAUUCCUAAUAACCGUCUCUAAUCAAAUGUGUCUGAUGUCUUUGUGGUUGUGAUUGUAGAGGAGUCCAUUUUUGACGUUUUUCUCUGACAGCUGUCUCUGUAGAGAGGGAUUCUGGGUCACACAUGGACCCUCUCUCUGGACCCUGUCCCUCCCUGAAACCUCCUCUUUUUUCUCACCUGAGUUUAUGUGGCCUGAAAGAGGGUCCCUGUGAUCUUGAGGAGUGUACCUCUCUCACAGGUAGGACGGGUGUCCUCGUACUCUGACGCCUGAGCCUAAAAGGUGUAAGAUUAUGUAAGUUAUCUGGUUUGAUCUGGAGGGAAGGCUGGUUUCAUACUGGGUCAGGGAGGCCUGGUUCCAGUAGGAGAGUAUGAUGAGGAUUUCACCUGACUUUAUUUCAUCGCAGAAGAGCAGGUGUGAAAUAAUCUGAAAACCUUGUAGACUCUGAAACGAUGAUCGUUCAGACCAGCUCUUCCUGCUGCUCUUGUUUUUGAUGAUGUCACUCCUGCAUCAUUGGCUCACCUGUUCAUCAUCAGCAGAGCAGAUAAUGUGAAGAUCCUGGUUUUCCCCAGACUGUGCAGUACCUGCCUGCUGUGGUCUGUCCUGAGAACUGGGAAGUCCUCUGAAACCUCAGGGACCGGCCUGAAGGUGAGGUGGGCCCAGGUCCAUAAUGUGGAUCCUGACAGGGUCUGAACCUGCUCACCUGCAGUUUUGGGGGGUUUAAGAUCUAUUGUCAUCCCUCCUCAACUCCUGUGGGUAAAAGUGAAGCUGCUCAGAGGGACGAGGUCCUCAGUCAGACACCAAACACCGAGUCCUGCUGCAAUAGUUCAGAACCCAGACUGAACUGAACACAAAGACCCCCGAGGAACGAAACAGACUGAGAACGAGGAUUUGAUGUGAAGUGACUCAAAAGAUGUCUGUGUUUUCAGGUUAACGGCCAUCAGAUGGGAGACAGAGUCUUGUUAUUCCAGCCGGUUUUCCACAAAGAGUGACUGGUCCAAAGAUGAACCCCAGUCCAGCAGAGAGCCCGGACCCUUUCAUUCAGAGUAAGACGUCUGACACAGAAACAAACCCUGAAAUCCUCUGAGUCUGAACAGCUGUAGUUUUGUCUAUGCAGAGCUGAAAACACCGUGAUCUUUACAGGUUUCAGUCCAGGAGACAAAGAACCCCCAGCGAGACAAAGACGAACAGGUCUAAAGAUGAUCCUCUGAACUUCAGAGGUGAACCCAGACCCUCCGACACAAAGUAAGUAAUUUCUUAUUUCACUUUCUGAUGGCGAACUUUUCAUGUGUGUUUUCAUGUUUAUGGACGAUUUUCAGAAGACGAACAGGAAGUGAAAAUGAACGUGUGAAUAUUUGGAUGGGUUUGAGUUCUGCUGUCUUAUUUUCCAGCCUCUGGUCUGAAAUCUUGUGGUUGCUCGGCUACGACAGCAGCUUCGUACAGAGUUGACACGCAGCCCUGUCUCUGUCUUUGCCCUAAACACUUCCUCUCAGCUCUCCUCUGAAGUUUGGGUGUUUGUCCGCUCAGAGCAGCUUUGAUGGACCAUGUCCUCCAGUUUUAUAGAAUAACUGCUGUAUUAGUUUACUGAGCUCAUGGAUCAGCCAGGUUAUGAUUAGAGCGCCCUCUACUGGAUCAUACUGGAAGCUCCUGUGGAGCUGGAGUUCUGUUGUUAUUAGUCUUAUUAGGUGUUAUCAGUCUGAAUAUGAAGGUUUAUCUCGAGUUUGAACAAAAGUUCAUAUUCAGAUAAAAGCUGACUGAAUGAUUACACUGCAAUUCUUCACACGUUGUUAUUCAUUCAAUAAAGGUGACCCUAACAAUGUCCUACCACUAUCUCGGCCAUAUUUACUGAAAACUCCUGGAACUGAAUAUGAACUAAAGCUCUUUGUGUGGAAGAGUUUCUGUAAACGGAUCCUAACAGGAUAUUUUCAUAACUCUGAUAUUUUGAUUCUCAUCCAGGAGACGGAGGGCAGGGUCUCCUGCUCCCAGCUACACGUCUAUGAAGACUGACCCGUCUGACACAAAGUAAGAAAUACUUCAAAAAUAUAUUCUUAAUAACCGUCUCUAAUCAAAUGUUUCUGAUGUCUUUGUGGUUGUGAUUGUAGAGGAGUCCUGUUUUGACGUUUUUCUCUGGCUCUCUGACAGCUCUCUCUGUAGAGAGGGAUUCUGGGUCACAUGUUGACCCUCUCUGGACUGUAUCCCUCCUCAUUAUUGUCGCCUGAGUCUGAAGAGUAGGUCUAUAACCGGUCAUCACAGUCCUCUUUAGAAAGCAUCUUCAGGUCUUUAUUUUAAUCACUGAUGGCUGAUCCAACAUUUUUAAGCUGGUUCAUCAACUUUGAACAUUAAACCCCACAGCAGUACAAAGCUAACCUUUGGAGGAAGUGAUUGCAGCCACCGUCUGAACACAGAAAAUCUACCAAACACUACUAAUGAUUACUUGAUGCAGUUACAACUUUCAAAUGUGUACAGUUUGGGCUACAAUAAACUUCAACUUGUCCAAAACUCUGCAGCCCGUAUCAUCACCAGAACCCCCUCCUUUCACCACAUCACCCCUGUCCUUCAGCAGCUUCACUGGCUUCCAAUCAGAUCCAGAAUCCAUUAUAAAAUUAUACUGUACACUUUCAAGGCCAUUCAUAACCUCGCCCCCCCUUACCUCUCCGAUCUCCUUCACAUCGCCACCCCCUCACGCUCCCUCAGAUCCUCCACCUCUCUCCACCUCUCUGUGCCCUCUGCCCGGCUCAGCACCAUGGGGAGCAGGUCGCUCUGCCCCCAAACUCUGGAACUCUCUCCCCCCGGAUCUCAGAAACAUGGACUCAUUACCCCACUUCAAAUCAAAACUCAAAACACAUCUUUUCCGAAAUGCAUAUUCUCUAUAACUGUCCAUCUUCAUACCUGCAUGUUGUUUUUAUUUAUUUUAAUUGUGUUUUAACUGUAUUUUAAUGCCCUCUACAGUGUCCAGAAAGGCGCUUUCAAAUAAAAUGUAUUAUUAUUAUUAUUACAAUACUGGUUUCUCUAAUAAAAGUGUUACUACAAUAUUGUCGUAUUACAUCAAGAGUGACGAUAAUCGAUAUUAUCCCCAAAUGGUCAUUUGUUAUAGAGCCAAUAAAAAGAAAACACAACAUCAGGCAGUCAUUCAUUCAAGACACCAACAGCAACAGAGACAAAUGGACCUUUGUCCUACUUUUUGGUACAACUUAGAGAGAAACUCCGUUCAACAAUAUACUAAUAACAAUAAUAAUAAUAACAACUUUAUUUUUCUAGUACUUUGAAAAACAGAAGUUUACAACGUGUUUUGACAAACAGUCUUAAAGCACAUACCAUCAGCACAUGGAAAUAAAAACAAAUAAAAAACAAAAGCUCAGUUAAAAAGAUAGAUAGAUAGAUAGAUAGAUAGAUAGAUAGACUUUAUUGAUCCCAAACUGGGAAAUUCUUUAAAAACAAGUACUCUGAAUUGAAGGCCAAUUUCAUUUGUCAUAAGGAAUCCAGACAAGAACUCUACAACAUAAAAUGAGACCAUGAGGACCAAAAUUAAAACAUAAAUUAGGUAAGAAAAAGAAAUGUAAUAAAAAGAGGGUAGAAAGAAGGAAACAGGAUAGUAAAUAUAAAAAGACGAUAUUAAUAAUGAUAAUAAAAUCAUAACAAAAUAAUAAUGAUGGUAAUAGUAAUGAUAAAAUGGAAUAACAAAAAUGAGCAGGGAAAAACAAUAAAAUCAAUAAAAGGCCUAAAAGGUUAAACAGGAACAGAUUUUAAGUAAAACAAAGACUAAAAAGACAAUUAGUCAAAAUAAGAGAGGUAAAAGAGAGAAGACAGCAUCACAUAAAAGCAAGUCUGUAAAAGUGAAAUAUAAAAUAUAACAAUAUAAACCUGGUUGGCAUGAACGAAAAUGUUGUGAUAACAGUUAGAUCAAGUCUUGCCUAUAAUGGAGGCUCAGAUAAAGUUGAAAAUCAAAAGAAGAAAAGUAUUGUGUUAGGUUGUGUGGUAGAGGACAGAUCAGAUGUAGAAUGUUCUCUUUUUCCAGACUGAGAGACAUCGGGAUGUCAGAAAUCGACUGUACUGCUCUGGCCUCAACCCUGAACUCCAGCCCCAUCCAUCUCCAACUAAGCUACAAUGAGCUGCAGGAGUCCAGUCUGAAGCUGCUGAGUGAUUUUCUGGAGGGCCCAAACUGUAGACUGCAGACUCUGAGGUCAGACUCACUUUUCACUUACAUGGCGAUCAACAACAAAGUAUAUUUUAUAAUCAAUGGUAAAUAAUUUUUCUCUGUGGCAGAAACUUUUGAGCUUGUUAAGAAACUUGAGUAUCAUAAAUGAAAAAUCAAAUUGUGCUCAAGUGCGUAUUUAAAUAAUUAUGAUUUUUCAGUUUGAAUUUCUGAACAAGCAUCCUAAAAGUUUAGAUUUUUCAGUUUUUCUCUGUCUUCUUCACGGACAAACACACUUCCAUAGAAGUACUUCUUUCUUUUGAUUCAGAUUGAGUUGCUGCGGUCUGACAGGGAUCAGCUGUUCUUCUCUGGUCUCAGCUCUGAAGUCAAACCCCUCCCAUCUGAAAAUUCUGGAUCUAAGUGAGAACAACCUGCAGGAUUCAGGAGUGGAAGUGUUCUGUGGUUUUCUGGAGCGUCCUGAAUGCAGACUGGAGACUCUGAGGUCAGAUUCUCUUUUACUUCAGUGCUGACUCUGUCAUUUUCCAUAGCAGAGAAAGUUAACAUAGAUCCAAAAAAAAAAGUCCCUCGGUGGACUUUCUGAGUAACAGUACCUAAAAAAAUGCAGCUGAGAGUCCUCUUGGUCUCUUUUAUUAUUUACUCCAUACAGCUGAGGUGUUUGUCUGACAAGUAUUUUUCACUCUUAUCUGUAUUUAUCUCUAACGUUGAGUGUCAGCUUUAAAGAAAAAAAAACGUUUUCUAUUUUCAGGUUGAGUGGCUGCAGUCUGUCAGAGGACAGCUGUUCUUCUCUGGUCCAAGCUUUCAAGCAAAACCCCUCCUAUUUAAGAGAGCUUGAGCUGAGCUCCAAUGAACUGCAAGAUUCAGGACUGAAGCUGCUGUCUGACUUCCUGGAGAGUCCAGACUGCAGACUCGAGACUCUAAGGUCAGAGUCACAAGUUUGCUUACAUGUUAAUCGAUAAAAAAGUGCAUUCUCUUGUUUGCCAAAACAACCGAAUACCCCUCACUGGAAUUUGAUAUGGUAACAGCGUCAAGAAAUACUAGAAUAUCUAACUCUUUUGUCAGGUUGAUCAGCUGCAGUUUGUUAGAGGUUAGCUGUUCUUCUCUGGCCUCAGCACUAAAGGCCAACCCCUCCUAUUUGAGAGAGCUGGAACUGAGCUCUAACGAACUCCAGGAUUCAGGACUGAAGCUACUAUGUGAUUUUCUGGAGAGUCCUGAAUGCAGACUGGAGACCCUGAAGUAAGACUUCCUACUUAUCAAAAGUCAUCAAAGGACUGGAGUCUCAGUAUAUUUUGAUGUGAUUAGUAAUUACUUUCCUCCCUUUCUUUUGUUUCAACUGUACCCUGUUACAUAGUGGUACAAAAUUUUCAUUUACAUUUUUUUAGCUCAUUAAGAUCAAUUAAGGACUAGCUACAAUUAGAAAGGAACUCCUUAACCAAUCAUUUUUAAUCUUUUUUUUUCAGAUUACGUCUCUGCGGUCUGUCAGAGAUCAGCUGUUCCUCUCUGGCCUCAGCUCUGAAGUCCAACCCCUCUUAUUUAAAAGAGCUGGAACUGAGUUACAACGAGCUGCAGGACUCAGGAGUGGAGCGUCUGUGUGGUUUUCUUGAGGGUCCAGACUGGAGACUGGAGACUCUGAGGUCAGACUAAUACUUUACUUCUAAUCUGACUCUUAAUAAGUGUAUAUUUUAAUUAUAUGACCAUUACAAGAAAACCUUUAAUUUGAAUCUGUAAUAGAGUGUUACAAACCAAACUUACGAAAGUCCUUUUGAACUGUAAUGUCUUACACAUGGAGUCUGUUGAGUUGAGCUUUCCAGUGUAAUCCAGUCAGUUUUAAAUGAUGAAUCCAUUUCAUCUCCAAACAGACGAUUAUUAUUUUUAACAAAACUCAGGGCAGGACGAUAUCUAUCUUAUAUUUCAGAUUGAGUUGCUGCAGUUUGUCAGAGAUCAGCUGUUCUUCCCUGGCCUUGGCUUUGAAGUCUACGCCCUCAUAUCUGAAAGAGCUGGAACUGAGCUCCAACGAGCUGCAGGAUUCUGGAGUGAAGCUGCUGUGUGAUUUUCUGGAGAGUCCAAACUGUAAACUGGAGACUCUGAGGUCAGAGUUCAAAUGUACUUUGAUCCUGAGUGAAUAAUAUUUUAUUAUCCACCUAAGCUUUCAAUAGGCAGUUAAACGCAGGACUGUUAUACUCAAAUCAAUAGAAAAUAAUUGUUUUAAAUCUUUGUGAUCUUAUUUUUCAGAUUGAAUGGCUGCAGUUUGUCAGAGAUCAGCUGUUCUUCUCUGGCCUUAGCUCUGGAGUCCAACCCCUCCCGUCUUAAAGAGCUGCAGCUAAGCAACAACAAACUUCAGGGUUCAGAAGUGAAAAAGAUGUCUGACCUUGUUGAGAGUCCAAACUGCAGACUGGAGACUCUGUGGUGAGAGAAGGAUAUAAGAAAUGUGAGGUUGUUUACUAAGUGUUACAUGAAGAUAAUCGGUCAAGGGUUUCCCUGAAGCAUCUGUGAAACUAACCAGCAAGACUUUGAGGAACAAGGGUCAGGUGUUCAGAGGCCCCUCUGAUAGUAAAGGCAGUAAAACAUGAAUUGGGCUCUGUGUUUCUGCUGAAGAACCACUGUCCGGGGCCCAGUCCAGCCAAGCUUUAAUCAGUGGUACAGAUUCCUCUCUUUGUUUUAUUCGUCUCAUACUCAGGGUCAGGUCAGCGAAGACUCUUGAACCAUCGUUCUUGAUGAAUCCUUUUUUUAUUCAGCGUUAGACUUCAGAGAAGGUCCUUCUUUAGUUCCACUGAGGUUAAAUAAUGGUCAACCUGUAGUUUUGUUAUCAAGGUUUGAUCAGUUUCAAAUAAUUAGAUCUGUUGGUUUAUGUCGGUUGACUCAAAGAACAAACAAUUCAACUUACAUCCAUCACUUUUGUGUCAUGAUUAUCUCAGGGUUGCAGGAAGGUUGGUGGAAGCUGACCCCGACAAAAAAGGUUAGUAAUGGGGUGAACAAACAGUUAAUGAGCCACUGCAUAGAUAUCUGGUUUUCUGAAGCUGGUGGUCCUUAUCAAACUCAAUUUCUUUUCUGUUGUAGCUCUGAAGUCUCAGUACUUCCUCUCUUUAUCAGAAGACUGCGUCGUCCCACAGGAUGUCCGUGAUGAGGAGGAAAAGGUAAAAAAAAAAAAAAAGAAGCAGCUUGAAGCUGUAAACAAACAUUUCCAGCUCUGAGAAACCAGAACCUUUACUACGAACCACGCUUUGGCUUUUUGGGGACCCUACCAUUAAAUGAUGAAGUUUGUCCCUCUGUGUAGCCUUACACUGUAACUCCAGUGAUGUCUUUUUCUCAAAAGGACUUGAAUAUAAUGGUGUGAGUGGAGAAUAUCACGAGUGAAAAAGGGUCAGAGAAAUCAUUUUCAGUAAAAACACUCCUCCUCUCUUGUUUGCAGGCACCUUCCCUCUUCACACCUGAAAAGACCGGGUCGACAUAUAGGUAAUCUUUUAAACUUAAAAUAAGGUGAUAGGUUAACUCCGGGAGGGUCCACCAAUGUUUUAGACUUUCUGGUUUAGCGUACAGUGACAUUUUUCAUUUUUCAUUGAGACAGUUAAAAUCCCUCUUGUUUAUAAAAGAGGGCUCAUUUUGGAUUCUGCUGAACUUUGCUUCUUUAGCUCAGUAUGACUUGGUAAACUUACAGCUCAGCAGGCACUGAAUCUCUGUCCACAGGUUCUCCAAAAAUGUUGACUCUGCUCCAGAGUCUAUUGAGAGUUUUGUGAUUUCUGUUUAUUUAGUAAGAUUUGGGGUUUUCUUAAGAUGUUGAUGUCAAUAAGAGCCCAAGUCCUGCUGUUUCUCCGACCCUCAAAAAGAAGAUACCGGGUGCUCGAUGUGUUUCUGCUGCCACGCAACAUUGCUCUGACAGAGGUAAAGCCACGUUUUGUACUUGUACACCAUCAUCCAGAGGUGGCUGCAUUUACACUUUUUGCACCAAACUGUCCACAUGUGACCAGAUAACAGAAGAUACAUGUUGAUUUUUGGUCCACAAAGACAGCCAAGAUUUUGUGUUAGGUUUUGUUUGAAGGUACUCACCAAUAGGGUUGGGUACCAAGAAUUAGUUCCUAUUUGGAACUGGUUCCUAACAUCCAGUUCCAGAAUCAUUAAGCAGAUUUUGUAUUUCAGUUCUUUUUUUCGGUUCCAAGUGCCCGCAUAAAUUUUUUUUUCAGGGCAUGCAUUACCCCCCUCGGCAUUCUCUGUGCGUUGUGGUUAUAAACAAUAUAUUCAUUUAUCUAAAGCAACUCACUUCAACAAAAUUAUCAGUCACAUACAAAUAUUUCUCCCUUUUCUUUUGCUCACCGGCAGACAAUGCGUGCAUCGCUUCAGUGGCUUUGCUUAGAACUGAGCAGAGCAGCAAAGAGCACUGAUGCGCUGCACUGUUUUAUAAUGAAUUAAUACAUGUUCCAGGGUUCGGCCUCUCAGAGUUUGUUUCCACAUGAACCAUUGAACAUGUAUGGUAAAUACAAUGGUCUGUGAUGUGAAGAUAAACUACACGCUACCACCCUAUGGCCACCCUUUUAAACACCUCCGGAUUCAUGGAGUAAAAUAACUGAGUACCCUCUCUGUGACGCCCUGCGCCAGUCUUUUUCUAACCAUUUAGAAUCAGAUAAGUAAAUCAAUAAAUUACGUCUGUCUUCUGCUAACAUUGACGCAGUAAACAAAUUGUACUGUAUAGGAUGGGUCAACUUAAAUAUCCAACUAACGUUAGCCCGUGUUCUUUUUCAUAGACAAAUGACCUGACAACAAAGAUUGGUAUUUAUAUAUACAUUUAUAUAUAUCGGUUGAAAAUAGCCCUGUGUGAAAUUUAUCAUAAAGUUCUUAAAAAAUUCAUAUCAUUUGAAAAUUCACGGAGAAGUUUAGGCAUUUCACCCAAAAGAACUCUGGUUAGCGCCCUCAUUGAAACCAUGCAUUUUUUAAAAUCCUGCCUUAUAAAAGAAUCAGAAUAGAGAAUCGUUAGGAACUGGAAUCAGAAUCGGAAAUUGUUUGAAUUUAAAUGAUGCCCAACCCUGCUCUCCAACCUCUUCUUGAAAGUGCUACUUUAACUAACAGACAGUCAAUUUUUCAUGCUGCAAGUGAACUAAACACAUGGUAGCUCUCUCCUGAUCUUGGUCACUGUGGAUGUGUGGCUUACAGACUGGGUCCUUUCUGUGCAAACUAACUUCACUGCAAAAAUCAGCCAGUUCUUCAAUAUUGACACUUUUUACCAUACGCUAAAAGUUUGCAGGAACCAGUCCAGUUCUUCAGCAGGACUCUUCUCCUACAGAGCCAUGCUGUUGUAAUCCUGGUUGUCAGAAUGUGGUUUGUCAUUGUUAUUAAUGGCUUCACAUAUGUGGAAGAUACCCAUGACAUGGACUCUGAUGAUCCCCAGACCAUCAGGGAUGCUCGGCCUAAAUGUUGUCAUAAGAUUAUAAUACCAAACUAAAACCUAACUUGACUCUGUCUGUAGGUUAUUGAACAGCAGGGAGAUUCUGAGUUCAUCGAGACCUCUUCUCACUGUCUUCUUUACCCCGAUCAAAGAUACAGCGUCAUCUGUGAACCUGGGGGCAUAACACAACCUGAGGUGAGAGGAUUUCAUCUCCUUUCAAUGUGAUGGCGUGUUAAAACCAUGAAGUCUGAGACGACAACAUUUCAUUGAUGGUUGUUUAGUGACUUUUACUUUUUUUCCAGCAAGCUGAAUUUUUUCAAAAUCAUGGACCGAAUUUCUACCCGACAUUUGAAGUUCUCCUGACUUCGGACUCACACGAAGUGACUCUGACAGUCCAGGACCAAGACCAGAGGGAAGUCUGGAAACAGCACAUUUAUGUGCCAGGUAUGACCAGAUUCACCCUGACAUUGUACAUGUACAUGAUCUGAAGCCUGGGCAUUACCCAGAGAACCGACAGUGUCAAAUAUCCAUACUGAGCUGUUUAGGUCAAACUCUCUGUAAUGACAAUGACUGAUGAUAAUGACUUUCCAGGUCCAGGAGAAAAGACUCGACAGAAGACUUCCCGAAGACCGGACACGGUGGAGCACAUGGACCCAGACCAAGAGCUGAGGAGAAUUAGAGCCCAGUUUGUAACACAAGUGUCAGAUCCUGUUCUGAAUAACCUUGUGGAUACGCUUGUGGAGAAAGAGGUUUUAAAUCUUUAUGAGACGGAGUUUAUCCAGACAAACACCAGAGCAGAAAAAGCACGAUAUCUGCUUGAUGUGGUGCAACGUAAGGGAGCUGCAGCCAGCUCAGUUCUGAUCGAUGCUCUCCGUGAGGUGGAUCCGUUCCUCUCCAAACAUCUGAAUCUAAUGUAA